UGAAGCGGACAUUUCAGCUCGUCCUCGAACUAUGGUGGUGGCCAUGGCUGUCAUCCUUGGUGAAGACCUCAUGUUGAUGAAUGGCGGCGUGGUUCAACAUGUUGAUGGUGGUGGCAUGGUGCAGCAGGAGAGCGGCGGCGGCGGCAUGGUGCAGCAGGUUGAUGGUGGCAGCGUGGUGCAGCAGGAGGGUGGCGGCAGCAACGUGGUGCAGCAGGACUGCAGGAGAUGGUGGCAGCGAUUUUUUUCUUUUUUUUUUGGCAAAAUUGACAGAGGGUGGGCAGCAAAGGGACAAGGCAGCGGCUGUGGCUUGGCAGGGAAGCAACGGUGUGGGUGCAGGAUCGAUGGCUCUAAUACCAAAUAUUAUAGUGACGAGAGGAACAAGUGGAUAUAAGUGAAUGUGCACCAGGACUAUCCAACAGAGACAUUAGUGCGCUUCCUUAAAGCUAGAGAGUGGCAUGUGAAUAAGGCUCAUAAGAUGCUUGUAGAUUCUUUGAAUUGGAGGAUACAAAAUGAAAUAGAUAGUAUACUGGAGAAACCUAUUAUCCCAGCGGAUUUGUAUAGAUCAAUACGUGAAACACAGCUAGUUGGAUUAUCGGGAUACUCCAAAGAGGGCAUCCCUGUAUUUGCUGUUGGUGUUGGACUGAGCACAUAUGACAAAGCUUCGGUCAACUAUUAUGUGCAAUCUCACAUUCAGAUCAAUGAGUAUCGUGAUCGUAUUAUUUUGCCUACGAUGAUGAGGAAGUUUGGGAGGCCUAUUAGCACAUGUAUAAAGGUUCUUGAUAUGACUGGUCUGAAAUUGUCAGCACUGAACCAAAUGAAGAUUGUGACUGCAAUAUCUACUGUUGAUGAUCUGAAUUACCCUGAAAAGACUGAGACCUAUUAUAUAGUAAAUGCUCCAUAUAUAUAUUCUGCAUGUUGGAAGGUUGUGAAGCCUCUGUUGCAAGAGAGAACAAGAAAGAAAGUUCAUGUUUUGAGUGGUUGUGGGAGAGAUGAGCUUCUAAAGAUCAUGGACUAUUCUUCCCUUCCCCAUUUUUGUCAACGGGAGGGCUCGGGCUCAUCUAAACAUUUAUCAAGCGAUGCCGAUGAUUGCUUCUCACUUGACCACCCGUUCCACCAAGACCUCUACCGUUUCAUCCAGGAGCAAGCACUGAACCAGGAGCUCAUCAAGCAGGGCUCUCUGCAUGCGAACAUUCCGGAGCAAGACCCGGAAGACGCUAAGAUUGUGGAGGCCAUUGAGGCCGAGUUCCACAAGCUCGGUGAGCAGAACGGGUCUGCCAAUGGCGUCAAUAAAGAAUAGCGCUCGUACAAUAAGGCCAGCCUGAUUUACCUUGACGUCGCUGGACGCUGGCCUCUUCUGAUCAAACUAAUGGUUCUAUAUUUGCUUGGCCAACCCUAUUGUUGCUUCCUCAUAGGUGAUAUUUAUAUAGGAAAAUCUUGCAGUUCCAUGAUGCAGGACCGAGGCAAGAGAAUGUUACUGUAUGCUUGAUAGACGUAACCACCUGUCCACCUGUUGUAAACUUGCAAUGUGUGGUCACAUGUUGCUGUGAGAAAUAAUCCUGUCACCUGCAUUCUCAAAUCAUCUUCAGAGAAGUGUGGUAUUCAAUCAGAAAAUAAUGAUGCAUUUUGGCAUUGC